CUUCAAUAAAACUCUUCACGUCAACAACUUUUCUUUGCGUACAUUAGUAGCAUUAACAACGAAUCACUUGAGCAAAAUGUCUGAAGCCGACACGCGUUACGAUUUCAUUGUUGUGGGGAGUGGCCCGGCGGGAUGCGCUGCGGCGAACGGUCUAUCCCGUUCACCUAAAAAACCAUCCGUACUCCUGAUUGAGGUUGGAGAUGACCAUACACAAGCCCAUCUCCGCGUCGAUGGGCAGCGAUGGACUACAUUCACUCAGCCAUCUAUGAACAUGGGCUAUAAAACGGCCCCGCAGCUCAAUUGCAACAACCGAGUCAUAGCUUAUGACCGUGGGCGUGGCUUAGGAGGUUCAAGUACGAUAAACUUUGGAGUGUGGACUACGGGCCCUCGGGAUGACUUUGAUGAAUGGGCCAAACUGGUUGAUGAUCCCGCCUUUGCCUGGGAUAGCAUGCAGAGCCGGUUCAAAGAGUUAGAGACGUUCCAUUACGAUGUUCCAACUGGAACGAAUCCAUUGAGUGUAUCAUCUCAGACAAGCGACCAUGGAUCUGCAGGGCCACUUCACGUUGGUUAUGCCUCUGAGUGGGAACGGGAUAUUCAACCCUUAUUGCAGACAUUUCAGAAAAUCGGGUAUCCGGUCAACCCGGACCAUAAUUCAGGAGAUCCUUUGGGGAUGGGAGUACUGAUAAAUUCAGCUCAUAGCGGCCUUCGCUCCGUGGCUGCAGAUCUGCUGCAGCCCAAGCCAGAUAAUUUAACUAUCGCCACAGGAUCAGCCGUCCAACGCAUAAUUCUUGAAGGGAAAAAAGCAGUCGGUGUUGAGUCAAAUGGAAAACAUUACUUUGCCACGCACGAAGUCAUUCUCUGUGCAGGCGCCCUGGACUCUCCCAAAAUUCUUCUACAUUCUGGCAUUGGGCCCGCGGAUCAGCUUUCCAGAUAUCACAUCCCCGUGAUUCACGAUGUCCCAGCUGUUGGGCAGGGUCUUCGCGACCAUGCAUUUCUGAAUUUGGUUGUUAAGCGAAAUGAGUCGGAUAAUGACCGCCGCUCCUUUUAUGGCAGCCGAGAAGCAAUGGAUGCCGCUCAAGAGCAAUGGAAUCAAGACAGAACGGGCCCAUGGUCUGUAUACGGAUGCGAGAACCUGAUUGGCUUUUUUAAGUCAGACUCUGUCAGCUCGUCGACGGAGUUCCAAAAUCUGCCUUCCUCGCAGAAAGAAUUUCUUCUCCGAGAAACUGUCCCGCACUAUGAGCUCCUAACUCACUUCCCAAUCCACUACUUCAUACCAGGAUUUGCGCCAGAAAACUUGAGCUACGACACUCUUUCGAUAUUUCUGCUAAAUGAGCAAAGUCGUGGAGAGGUGACCUUACAGUCAGCUGAUCCCAACGUGCCGCUCAAAUUUGAUCCCAAUUUCCUUUCUCAUCCCUUCGACGAACGAGUGUGCAUUGAAGCACUACGGGCUGGCAUGGCGGUGAUUCGGCAUCCGUUAUUUGCCAAGGAUAGCGAAGACGACAUUAUUGUCCCGAAAGUGGCUACCUCUGAUGAUGGUUUACUCCAAUUCUGGAGAGACAACAUGACCUCAGCUUGGCAUAUGGUUGGCACUGCUAAGAUGGGGCGGCUUGGUGACGGAGAUGCUGUGGUUGAUGCUAACUUCAAGGUUUUGGGUAUUUCAUCUUUGCGAGUAGCAGAUAACAGUGUUCUGCCGAUUCUCCCGAAUGCUCACACUCAGAGCUCCGCCUAUGUUACAGGAAUGACGUGUGCGGAUAAGUUGAUCGCGGAGUACCAAUUGGCUUAACUGUACCUAUAACCGCGGCGCAAUUUCAUCACUGAAAGCCGAGAGGACUUUGAGAGCUUACAAACGAUAGAUACGUAUCUUUGAAGACAUAUUUAUAUUUCGAACCC